CACACUAGCAACUGGCCGGCCAAGCUUUGCCAAGGCCUCGCCAGGCGAAUACUGGCGGAAUCCGAAGCCAAGAGCUGCCAAGAGCUUGCCCAAGGCUGUGCACACACGACACCUUGGCGCCUUGACCGCGCACGGCAGUGCAAAGCGUCUCCCUGCAAGCCUCUCCCCAGCAGCCGAACAGCCAUGACGCCGUCGCUGCGCCGCCUCGUCACCCUCGCCUGCUGCGCCGCCGCCGCCAAGAAGCCGCCCCCGAAACGCGUCGCGUUAGUCUCGUUUGCCGCCCCGUGGGACUACGGCCCCUACGCGCACCAGCUGCGAGAGCUCGCCGAGCACUGGCUGUCGACGCACCACGUCGUCUGGAUCGGGUUGUCGGGCACCGUCGACCGCAUCCAGUAUGGAGCGCCGAAGAUCUCGCCGCUGGUCGGCUACCGGGGCGCAGGGAUGAGCAAAGAUCCCGUAAAAAAAGUUUCGAAACUCAACCGCAUCUUCGAGAAGGAAAAAAUUGAUUUUGCCAUUACUUUAUGUGACCUGAACAACGUGGGCGGGGACGAGGCCUUCGUCAUACCGACGAUCGCAUGGUUUCCGUCGCACACCGGGGAAUUGGAUCUGGCUUCUGCCCAUGCUUUAAGGGCUUAUGACGCCGUCGCGGCUCUGUCGCCGUCGGAUGCUCGUUCCAUCGGGAGGGAACUACCGUCGAAGCGAGUCGCUCGCAUCCCGCACGUCGUGGAUGGCCGCAAACAUGUGUCUACCGAUGAUAGAGCACUACUGAGAAAGAAAUGGAACGUACCUACAGAUGCCUUCGUGCCGGUCAUGUCCUUCGGGAACUAUGCAAGUGACGAUAGGAAGGGUGUGGACGUCGCUGCUCUAGCUUACUCCGAUUUCUGUCGGAGCUACCAGCAGCCUUCUUACCUAUAUAUCAGAGCGGUCACGAUCAACGCGUCGAUAGGCCAUCGCAUGGCCGCCUCCCUCCCAGUAGAAAGCAUGUUUAGAGCUGCCGGCGUGCCUUCGGGACGGUACGUCGUCGACACCGUCGAACGCGACUAUGCGGAAAGUCUCGAAGUUGUGGCAUUGGCGGACGUGUUACUGCACCCGUCCCGGUCCGAGGGCUUCGGCAUGCUCGUGCUCGAGGCGCAGCACAUCGGCGUGCCCGUGAUCACGACGAGAAGAGGUGCCAUGAAGGACUACACGAUGCACGGAGUUUCUGUAAAACCCGUGCAGCGCGAGUGGCUCAACAUCGGCUACGUCGCGACGCCCGACGUCCACGGCGUCGCCGAGGCGCUGCGAGGCGUCGCGAACGGCACGUGCUGCGACGCGAACGGCGAAAAACAGCGAGCUAUAGAUGUGGUCACGAACUCGAUGUCCCGGACGUCCGUCGGCUGGGCCUUCGACGACCUCGUCGAUACCAUAUCGAGAAGACCAUUACUUCCCAGUGUCUUGAGGUACGGGUCGACGUCGUGCAGCGUCAUACAAGAACAGGACCACGAAUGGGUCGUUAUUGCCGACCGGCAGCACGUCCUUGACGCGCAUGCGUUAUCAACAGCUAUCGAGGACCUCAAUAGUAGGGACGCGCCGCCUUUGGUCGUCGUCAAAACCUUAGAAUUGUUCGACAAAGUGGCCUCGCCCUUCGACGCCGAUUCACUGUUGAACGUAAGGCCGGUCGCACUUGCAAGGGCAGGCGAGCUCAAACGAGCCAUGGAGCAGGCGGCGUCGUUCAUGGACCGGGCCGUCGACGAGGCCGUGCGCGGUUUGAUCAAGCGGGCGUCGGCCCAAGACAUUCUGUUGGACGUCGUCGCCGCGCGGCGGUGGGUCGACCCGAUCAAUAAUCCCAACUGGAACGCGCGGCCGGCGGGGCUCUAAG